UGAUGAACGGUGACACUGCCGAUGGCAACUAUUCUAAUCCACUCACAGCUACAAUCGUCAAUAAUUCUGUACGUACACCAUUUUAUUGGAUUUUGAGAGACGGAUAUAAUUUGGUGUGCGUGCGGUAAAAAAAAAAAAAACACGGACCUCAAGUUAAUCGCCUCAAGCGAAAAUCGAUGACGCGAAGAAUCAUUAAAAACUCCUUGGUAUCACAGACGCAAAGGCCGUUGGAAUAGACUAGAUCGAUGUCUAAAAGUAAAAUCAAUCCGAUUACGUUUGAUAAACCAAUCGCAUCGUACAAAAGUUGAAUUACCAAUAUUACGGAUAGUGUCAUCCCGGCACGCAACAGCUAUAAAUAGACAUUGUGAAUGACCAUGAAAUAUUCAUCGACUUUGUCCUACGUUGAGCACACGGAYUUAUUGUUAUUGUGAGUUUCAGGCCUUUUAAACAGCUGAUAUCAACGUUGUGUUAUCUACUGAGGGUGAAAUCAACAAAAGACAAAAAUACCUCCCUAAUCGACGGCAAAGAUCGCUGAAAACAGUCAAAGUUUGGAUGACAUAGACGAUAUAGUCGCUUGAGAGACCUGCUUAAAACCAUAACAUUCCUGAGUGAGAAAUUAUUACAAGAUUUUCAAACGUUUCAAUAUGGAUUCUGGUGUGAUUAAACGCUGGAAAACGCUCGAAAGUCUUUCUGUGGAGGAUUAUUUCGAUGAUAUCACACAGAUAAAGCGCUGGGCAUCGUCAGGAAAGUUGAUGGAGUCAGCAAAUAAUGCCACAAGAUGGGAAAAAGAUUCUCGUAUCCCUGGGGUAGUAUGCGGAGUCUGUAGUCAACGUUUCAACAGACCAAAAUUACUACCCUGUCUUCAUAGUUUUUGCCAAAGCUGCAUAGAAAGUUUAGUGAAAUUAUCCGAAGGAAAUGAAAGCAGACUUGAAAUUGUGUGUCCUAGUUGUACAACGCAAAGUAAACUUCCCGAAAAAAUCGAAAGCUUGCCGACGAAUUUCUUAUUAAUUCAAACGCUAAUCGAAUUGGAUGCUUCAGAAGAGAAGGAGAAACCGCUAGUGAUAUGUGCGAAUUGUGAAGAUGCGUCGCGUGCGACURGCGUAUGCGUUCAGUGCGCGGAAUUUUUGUGYGAAAAAUGCACAAAUGCGCACCGUCGYGURAGGCUUACGCGAGAACACUGUAUUACACCACUAGCAAGUCAAAGUAGGUCUGGCACCACUUCAGAGAGUCAGCCAAGUGCCUGUCAGGAGUUGACCAAGUGUUCUAAGCAUACGCAAGAAGAUUUAGCKUACUUCUGUAAGUCAUGUAGAACACUCAUUUGCCGUGARUGUACGGUMAACGAGCACGAGAAAAUGUCUCACGAUUUUGAACCGUUACACGAUACAAGCGAAAYCCAAAAGCAAAAAAUGGCAGCUUUAAUAGGCAARGCUAAAGUACGCCUACCAUUCAUGCGUAGGACGUUGCUAGAAAUUGAACAUGCCGCAAAUGAGCUGCCAAGACACGUAGAAGCCAUUACGGAGGAAAUUCAGGAUUCUACAAUGCGCUACGUAAGAGCAUUACGCGAACGUGAGUUUCAGCUCCUAGACGAUCUCGAUGCUAUACGUGAAUACAAGGCAACUAUYCUAAAGGAACAGAAAGAGAAACUGUUACGUAAAGUCGAAAGUAUAGAAAGCGCUUGUGCGUUUACGCAACGGUUGCUAAACGAAGGCGAUGCGUUACACGUUGCGGUGGUGAGUGAUUAUGCAGUGGAGAGAUUACACGAGCUCAACAUGGACAACAGUGACAUUCAGCCGGCAGAAGGACCAGACGUAGAGUACGUUACGCAAGAAGACGUACUAUUUGACGUKAUAAACACUGGCGGUAAAGUUGAAAACAGUACUCGUUUCCGUAAGGUCCGCGUUCUCGGGGAAGGYUUAUUUGAGGCGUCGGUAGGUAAGCCUUCUACGUUUACUGUUGCGUUUGAUGAUGGAAUGGCGAAAGAGGACCUAGACAUACGAAUCGAGACGCCCGACGGAGUGAUUUUAUCGUGCGACAUUACGCAACAGAGUAAAGAUAUUCUCUGCGUUAGCUAUACGCCCAAAAUUUACGGAGAGCACGAGAUUUCCAUACAAGCUUACGGAAAACACGUAGAGGGAAGUCCAUAUAUAAUUGACAUGAAAAAAGGCCACAUGAKUUAUUCAACUAAGAGCAGCCCUGUUUGUUUGCGUUUUGGAAACAAGGGCACUGGACUGGGAGAAACAGAAUCCCCAACCGACGUGGCAGUGCGCAGCAACGGCUCCAUCGUUGUCUGCGAUUCAGGCAACCAGCGGAUACAAUUCUUUGACAGUAGAGGGGUUGUMUURAAUCAGUUUGGAUGCAAGGGAAGCGAGCUUGGGAAAUUUGAAAACCCGACAGGCAUCUGCAUUGAUCAAGGCGGGAAUAUAGUGGUAUCUGAUCAAACUAUAAAUAGAAUCCAAGUGUUCACGGUYGAGGGUGUACUUCUUCGACAUUUUGGUCCCAAAUGCGGCAAUUCCAAUGAAUUGAAGGGCCCUCUAGGCGUGGUUGUCGACGAAGAGGGACAAGUUCUAGUGGCAGACCAAUCAAAUCACAGAAUUGUAGUGUUUGACAAUAAGGGUUAUUUUAURCACGARUUUGGGUCCCUGGGGACCAACGAUGGUGAAUUCAAUAACCCAUCAUUCAUAGCUGUCAAUCAAGAUGGAGAAAUCUUCGUAACGGACUCGUGCAAUCAUCGGGUGCAGUUAUUUGACAUGACUGGCAAAUACAUUGGAAAAUUUGGAAGGCCUGGGACUGGAAAUGGAGAAUUUCAAUACCCAUCAGGCAUUGCGAUCGAUGCAUCUGGAUACAUCUUUGUUACUGAUCGAACCAAUCGUAUUCAAGUGUUCAAUCAGCACUAUCGWUAUGUAUGCAAUUUUGGCGGGAAACAAAGUGGUGAUGGACAGCUUAGUUCUCCUACAGGACUUGACUAUACACCUGAGGGUCGUGUUGCAGUGGCAGAUACCGCUAAUAACUGCGUCAAAGUAUUCUAUUUACCUAAAGACCAGACAUAGUUGAAMGAUUGCUAUGGAUGRUGCUUUUAUGGCAGCAUCCGCCCCAA